AUGCUGCGGUUCUUUUGUUCCGGGGUAGGGUUGCAUUUGCGGGCGUACGCGUGUGGAACGUUUUCCUUCCCGGCCCCUGCGCCCAGCCGGAGGACCGAGACCCCCUGGGAGAGGCGCGGCAGGGCGGGCCGGUCGCGGCGUAGCUGUGGUUUGGGCCCACCCUGGGCGCCCGUGGCGAGGGUCGUUUCCGGGUGUCUGGGGCCGUCACUCAGUUGGUGUUGGGACUCUUGGGUCACAUACACGAACCUUGAACAUGGGAGCGGUUUUAGUUUUGUCCUUCCUGGAGACAAGAUAUCUCUUGCCGAUGAACAGUGUGCCGUUACAGUAACCUCACAGUACUGCUUUCACUGAAGAUGGCUAGAGAGUCGAAGGCAAACACAGCCCUGGAUGACCAAUCGACAGAGGAUCAGAUCGGACUUCUGGUCAUAAAGGUGGAGGAGGAAGAGGCCUCCACCUUUGCAGAGGAGGUUCAUUUGCCAGGCAGCGGUGCCCAGGGGCCUGAGCAUUCCCGCCAGUGCUUCCGCGCUUUCCGCUACCCUGAAACAGUGGGCCCCCGAGAGGCGCUGAGCCAGCUGCGGGAGCUCUGCAGACAGUGGCUGCGGCCCGACCUGCGCAGCAAGGAACAGAUCCUGGAGCUGCUGGUGCUGGAGCAGUUCCUGACCAUCCUGCCAGGGGACCUGCAGGGCUGGGUGCGGGAGCAGCAUCCAGAGAGCGGGGAGGAGGUGGUGCUGCUGCUGGAGUAUUUGGAGAGGCAGCUGGAUGAGCCGCUGCCGCAGGUUCCAGGUGGUGAUCAAGAACAAGAACUACUCUAUUCCAAAGUGGUCCCAUUCACACCUGCCCAGGUCUCACAAAAUAGCCAGUUCCAGCCAAUGAAGCCUCUACUUAAGCAUGAAUCUUUGGAAUCCCAAGCCUUACAAGACAGAGUUUUCCAGGAAGGCUGUGGAGAAGACCCAAUGAUAACUGCCAGACUCACUCCAGAGUCCCAGGGAUUGCUGAAAAUGGAAGAUACCAUGACCCUCUCCCCUGGGUGGGUACAACAGGAUUCAUCUCAGAUGAACCUCAGCAGAGAUGAAAGGCGGAACUAUGGCAGCCAGGUCUCCCUGGGUCAGGAAAUGCAGACGAAGACCAGUGACAUGGCUGCAGCUGAAAAGCAUUCAGAACAAGAGCCUAGACACCUGGGUGAAGACAUUGCCCAUAUUCCUGUAUAUGAGCAGGAGAGCAGGUUACAAAGAAAGCAGAAAAGUGCCACAGGGAAUAGGAGGCACAUUUGCCAGGAAUGUGGAAAGAGUUUUGCUCAGAGUUCAGGCCUGAGUAAGCACAAGAGAAUCCACACUGGAGAAAAACCCUACGAGUGUGAGGAGUGCAGAAAAGCCUUCAUUGGGAGCUCUGCCCUCAUCACUCAUCAGCGCGUUCACACUGGUGAGAAGCCAUACGAGUGUAAAGAGUGUGGCAAGGCCUUCAGUCACAGCUCAGACCUCAUCAAACACCAGAGAACCCACACUGGGGAGAAGCCCUAUGAGUGCGAUGACUGCGGGAAAACCUUCAGCCAGAGCUGCAGCCUCCUUGAGCAUCACAAAAUUCACACCGGGGAGAAGCCAUACCCAUGCAUCAUGUGUGGCAAAGCCUUUAGGCGUAGUUCACACCUCCGGAGACAUCAGAGGAUCCAUACUGGAGCUAAAAAUGUUCGGGAGCCUGACUGGGAAGGUCAAGGUAGAAUGGAAAGCCAGUGGGAAAAUACUGAAACACCUGUGUCUUAUAAAUGUAAUGAGUGUGAGAGAAGUUUCGCUCAGAAUACAGGCCUUAUUGAACAUCUAAAAAUCCACACUGGUGAGAAACCCUACCAGUGUGACACAUGUGGAAAAGGCUUUGCUCGAACCUCAUACCUGGUUCAACAUCAGCGAAGCCACACUGGGAAAAGAAUUCUGUCACAGUGACCUGUGCCAUACAUGACAGAGUUGGUGCUCUUUGUCAUUGACAUGAAGCCACCACAGAUCCCUUCCUGGCCACAGAUGCUGUGAGCUCAACCUUACUGAUUCACAUCAUCAUGUAUUAAAAGCUAGAAUCUGAGAUAAAUGAUCUGUGUUCUACAGAGAAGGUGUUGACAGAGUUGUCUGGAAGAGACAGAACUGGAAGUGUUUUCUUCUCCCCCAUCAGAAUUAAGUGGGCUUCCAGAUUGGUUACUUCCCUCAAGUUCUAGAUUCUGAGUCAAUCCCGUGCUCUUCUUACCAAGUAAAUAGGCUUGCCAGAGCAUGGGUGACAGUGAGGUUACUGUGAUAAAGAGAGUCCAUAUUUCUGGGCUGGGAAUGUGGCUUAAUG